CUCAAGGCCCCUCAGGAGCAGGAAGGACUGGGGCUCUUCUGGGUUUUUUGACAUGGUGAUUGAGUUUCGUCUGCCUCGGAGAGGGUGUUUCUGUGCAUGUGAACUGGUUUGAACUGAGUGUCCUGCAGGAUAAGGGCCUACGUGCUGCUCCACGGGCCGUGGCCAUGGCUGUGGCUGUGGCCAGGACAGCUUGAAAGAAGGAGGGAAGGAAGUCUCUAGCUCACGAACACACAUGCUCAGGGCUCCAGGAAGAAAGAGAAACAUGGUAUUUGAAGACCAAGUUGGGGUGGCUCACUGACCAUGAUUUGCUUGCUGGCGCCAUUGAGAGCAGUGCCGCGGAGGAGAGCUGAGGCAGGACAACAUAAAAACCCAGUAUGUAAGCAGGAAAUAGAGGCGCAAGACAUCCAGGACGGAAUUCAGGGUAUGGACACUUAUGACGAUGUUGUUGAAGAAGAUGACAUGAUCAUUAUUGAAUAAAGCAGGAGAAACCUUCAUGAAGCUCUUCAGUCUCAAGAACUAAUCAACUCUUAGCAACCCUUAGCCCUAGGAGAAAAACGUGCAAAAGAAAUGAAGCACUCUACCAUCUGGAAUUUGAACCUUCCCUCAAUGUCCACUGCAUCCACCAGAACAUCCAGGUGCUCUGCAGCUGCCUGAACUUAUCUCAUAGGGAGCGGCACCCCAAGCAGAUGUGAGACCAGCCUCGAGUUCAAAUAACAUGUUUGUUAUUUUCAUAACUGUAUAGCUGAGUCAUUUUCCAAGUGACUGUGAUACGGAAACUGCAGAAGAAUGUGGGGUUAACAACACUUGGAACUAUAUGCCCUGUUUAAAAAAAAAAAAAAGAAGAAAAAAAAACCUGGAUUCCAGAUGUAAACAUCCAAAGUCAAUGUAAUUAAUAUGUGCAUCCACAUGUCUGGUGAAUGAUGAAAUUCACUAACAAGAAAAGUAAGGCUAUCUUGUGAGCUUCCAAUUUCCCUAACUCCUCACCUCCCAGAAUCAAAAUCUGUUAACUUCAUUCUUGGUGUUGCCACAACCCAAAGGGAAAUUGUUUUUUGGGUGCUCCUAAUUUUCCUCUGCCUCUCAAGGGACUUCGUUGUAAUUAAGGCAAGUAGCAGAUACCCAAAGAAAAGACUUGGAAUAGUACCACCUGUUUCUCUGCUCCUGAUUACAUGAAUCCAACCUCUUAAGAGUAUGGAGAUACUUUUCCUGAAAGUUUUGCUGCUGGGUGCAAGUGUAACAGGAUUGUUUUAUUGUCUUGUGGAUUUUUGUUUCUAUGGGUAUACAGGUCUUGAGAAGCCUAAUUUUGUAAUCAUUUUGGCUGAUGAUAUGGGAUGGGGUGACUUGGGAGCAAAUUGGGCGGAGACGAAGGACACUCCACAAUUGGAUAAAAUGGCUUCAGAGGGGAUGAGGUUUGUGGAUUUUCAUGCACCAGCCUCGACUUGCUCCCCGUCCCGGGCCAGCCUGCUUACAGGAAGGCUUGGAGUCCGAAAUGGAGUUACCCACAAUUUUGCCAUCAGCUCCGUAGGAGGCCUUCCACUCAAUGAGACCACCUUAGCCCAGGUGCUCCAAGAGGCUGGUUACAUCACAGGAAUGAUAGGCAAAUGGCAUCUUGGUCACCAUGGCCCCUACCAACCCAAUUUCCGUGGCUUCAGUUACUACUUUGGAAUUCCUUACAGUCAUGAUAUGGGCUGUAGCGACACCCCUGGCUACAAUCACCCACCCUGCCCAGCCUGCCCACCUGCAACAGCUCCAUUACAAAGCAGCCCUGAGAAAAACUGUUACUCUGACGUGGGCCUUCCUCUGUACGAGAACUUCAACAUUGUGGAACAGCCAGUCAAUCUCACAAGUCUUACAGAAAAGUUUGCAGAGAAAGCGUUGCAGUUCAUCCAACAAGCAAGUGACAGUGGUCAACCUUUCUUUCUGUAUCUUGCCCUAACUCACAUGCAUGUUCCCUUGACUGUGACUCAUCAGUCAGCUGAUUUAAAAAUUCAAAGGAUUUAUAGUGAAAGUUUGCAGGAGAUGGACAACUUAGUCGGCAGGAUAAAGGACAAAGUUGACAGCACAGUGAAAGAAAACACAUUCCUUUGGUUCACAGGGGACAAUGGCCCAUGGUCUCAAAAGUGUGAGCUGUCAGGAAAUGCGGGACCUUUCACUGGAUUAUGGCAAACUAAUAGAGGGGGAAGCUCAACCAAGCGGACCACGUGGGAAGGAGGGCAUCGCGUACCAGCCAUUGCUUACUGGCCCAACAGAGUUCCAGCCAAUGUUACCAGCACUGCUUUGUUAAGUGUGCUUGACAUCUUUCCAACUAUAGUAUCUUUGGCUAAAGUGAGCCUGCCCCCAAGACGACAUUUUGAUGGACUGGAUGUAUCAGAUGUUCUCUUUGGACACUCGCAAAAUGGGCAUAGGGUGCUGUUUCAUCCCAACAGUGGGGCAGCUGGAAGUUAUGGUGCCUUACAGACAAUUCGUUUGGGGCAAUAUAAGGCCUUUUACAUCACUGGUGGUGCAAAAGCUUGUGAUGGAAGUCUUGGACCUGAACAGCAUCACAAACUUCCUCUUAUUUUCAAUCUACAAGAGGACCCUGCAGAAUGUGUACCUUUAGAUAUCAGUAGUGCUAUCUACCAGGAGAUGUUGCCUAAAGUCACAGAGGUUCUUGUUGAUAUUCUUCAGGAUAUCUCUGGUGAUAACACUUCAGUAGCAGAUUAUUCUCAUGAUCCUUCAGUGAUUCCCUGUUGUAGUACACUCAAGAUAGCUUGUCGAUGCCUGCUCAUGUAAUUAGUAUCAGUGUUUCAGUCAUGGGGAUUACAAGAAGGAAAAAGAAAUCAUUUGGGCUUCCAGAUUUCAGUUUUCUAGAAUUUUCAAUUUUUAAAACAUUAUGGUUUUCAAAACAAAAUCUGAGAUCUUGUUUCAAAAUUAUUGUUUAGCAUAUUACAUAUGAUGUCCUUUUUUUUUUUUUUCUAUAUCAGAUUUAAAAUAAGCAAAUCAAAGAAAACAAUUGUUCUGGACAAGGAGUUGCCUCUCUAGAGAUUAGAACAAAACCUCCAAUUCCAAUAGCUAAUUUAUACUAGAUUCACAUCAAGGGGUAUAUAGUCAGGAUAAAAAAAAGUCAGAAUAACUGCUGAAGCAUGAGGUCAGAAGUAUGCAUUCAGAUCCUUCAAUGGUCAAGUCUCUGUGGUUUUGAUUUUUUAAAACACAUUUUUAUUUAUUUUAUUAAAUAUUUCUUAAUUACAUUAAAAUUUUUUAAGUCAUUUUAAAAAGUUGAGUUCCAAAUUUUCUCCUUCCUUCUCACCUCUCUCCCAUCCCUUGAGAAGGCAAGCAACAUGAUAGUUAUUAUAUAAAACCUAUUUCCAAAUUCUCUGUGGUUUUGAGAAGAUAAUACUAUAAUAGUUUCAAGGUUUCUGCAGUUCUUCCUGUUCCCCAAGCCCAUAAGGAAAAAUGAACAACUAAUAAAUGCAAUGUCAUGAUUUUAUUAAUGAUUUCCUCAAAAGGUAAUAAAUGUUUUUUUUUCUGUAAUAGUUAAUGCAAAAAUACUUGUCUGGGUAAAUUAAUCUAUGUGUAUGUGUGAGUGUGUAUGUGUAUAAUAUACUGUACAAAGAAAUACAAUUUAAUGGGAUUUUUUUCCCAUAAAUACAUUUGCACACAGCACAAGUUUUAAAAGGAUGCCUUUUUUAAAACAAAAUUUCGAUUACAUACCAAUAUGGUUAAGUUAACAUUUACACUGUAGUUUUAAGAUUUUUUUUUUCGAGUAUUGUAUAUAUAAUGUAUACCACACCCAGUGAAAAACCAGGGCUGAGGAAAACAUGUAAGAAUUUAAGAAUACACUGUAAUUUUAAAAAAGUGGAGCACCUGGGGUUACUUCUUCCACCCACACCACCCUUUGUCUGUCUCAUACAAAUAAAAUCCAUUCUUCCACA